UGUCCGCCGACUAGACAGGUUAGAAUAGCGGGCCCAAGCGUACGAAAAGACUCGAGGAAUCUCCAAGAGAGAUUACGAAAGGCCAUACAAGAUAAUAACGUCUACCUCGUCCGCCGACUUGUGUCGCGACCCGAUGUCGACAUCCGGAAUCCGGACGUAGAUGACGACGAUUCAGGGGACCAGUAUACGUCGCUGGCAUGGGCUGCACUUUGUGGUCGUGCAGAAAUAUUUGAGUUCUUACUGAAUUGCGGGCACGAUGAUCUGGAGCUGAGCAAGGAUGAAUCAAAUAAUACGAUUCUCAUUCUUCUUGCAUCUUUACGAAAAGGACUACCGAAUCCGUACAAUGGCGAGAUGGUGGUAAAUGAUGUCCACCAAGCGUCGAUGACGAUGGCAAGAGCGUACCACGAGCGAUAUCCGAUGCUGUUAGACUGGGCAAAUGCAGAGGGGAAGACUGCGCUUCAUGUUGCUGCAUCGGCUGGGAACGAGGACUUUGCUCGGCUUCUCUGCGAUUUAGGCGCUGACUUCGACUUGCCCGACCUGCUGGGGAAUACGCCAUUGCACUACGCAAGCGCAUGGGGACAUUCCUCAGUUGCCCAAUUAUUAAUCCACCGAGGAUGUCAAUACCUUGCUCGCAAUAACCAAGGUUUCACUGCAGCGGACUUUGCGUUCUCACAAAAUACUAAGGAUGAACUGGAGCAAAUCAUUCGCAGCCUGAUCGAAAGUAAUAAGAAGCUCCGCCGAGCCCAAUCCGCCGCAGCGCGUGAGGACUGGAACCGGGUCUCCAUGGAUGGGUCUGUAUCUAGCGCAUCGGCGGAACUCUAUGCAUACACCAACGGGCGGCAACGUGUGCGAAGUCUCUCGAACGCGAGUAGGACAACGAGCUCAGAAGAUACGGACUAUGGCGGUCCUGUGGAUUUGCAUUCCACCCCUGCGCGGUCACUUCGACCACAAAACAGCAAGGCGUCAGUCGCGUCCGUCCCAGUCCAGUUCCCUGACCAUCCCUCUGGCACGUUCUCGACGACGUCAAUCAAUUCGUCCAGCUCGUCCAGAGCGCCGUCUAUGAUACCCACUCGGACUUCAUCACACACCUCGCCUGAGACAUCCCCGCCAGACAGGGUGUCCCUCCAGACAGAAACGCCGCGUGCCCCAGCCGCACCCUUCCCAUCCAAGUCCACACCGCGCGGCCCGGCCAUCUCCCCGGUAGCGCAUCGGAUACAGGAGAAAGACCAGGGUGCGAUUGCCCAGUUCCAGGAGUACAUGAACCGCAAGCGCACAGGCAGUGGGAACACAGUGAAUGCCGGUCAUGCGGGACAUCCUCUUCCACCUCUACCUCAACCCAAGUCUUCCAAACCGAGGCUGCGAACAUCUGCUUCUGCUGCUGUGCUGUUAAGCCCGACCAGCGCGACCUCGUUAGCCGGAGCGAUGAAUGGCGCUGAUCCUCGGGCAAUGGCAAGAAAGAACACAGAGCUGUUCGACCCGCAUGCGACACCACGCCAUCGAGCGGAAACGAUGGAUACCGUCCCUAUAGCCAAAGGGAAUUCUCCAACGCCGACCACUACAUCCGCCAGCACGGAAGGGACGCUGAGGCGCGUGCAGUCUCCUUUGCUGACUGGCAGAGCUCCGGCGAGAAGCAAGGAGGUCACUCCCUGGGAGUUUGGAAGCUCGGAUGAAGAUGGCGUUCCUCCUGCCGCUCGACGGACAGAGUCGUCAUAAUCUUCGUUCGAGCGACGCACAUCCUGGUUAACACCGAUUGAUUUAUCAUUGUAUGGCAGUGUUGUAAUUUAU